AUGACCCUCCGGCGGCGCGGGGAGAAGGCGACCAUCAGCAUCCAGGAGCAUAUGGCCAUCGACGUGUGCCCCGGCCCAAUCCGGCCCAUCAAGCAAAUAUCCGACUACUUCCCCCGCUUCCCGCGGGGCCUGCCCCCGGACGCCGGGCCCCGCGCGGCUGCGCCCCCGGACGCCCCCGCGCGCCCCGCCGCGGCCAGCGCGGGCCGCCGAAGCCCCUCCGACGGCGCCCGCGACGACGACGAGGAUGUCGACCAGCUCUUCGGAGCCUACGGCGCCAGCCCGGGCCUCAGCCCCGGCCCCAGCCCCGCGCGGCCGCCCGCCAAGCCGCCCGAGGACGAGCCCGACGCCGACGGGUACGAGUCCGACGACUGCACUGCCCUGGGCACGCUGGAUUUCAGCCUCCUCUAUGACCAGGAGAACAACGCCCUCCACUGCACUAUCAGCAAGGCCAAGGGCCUGAAGCCGAUGGACCACAACGGGCUGGCAGACCCCUACGUCAAGCUGCACCUGCUGCCAGGAGCCAGUAAGGCAAAUAAACUCAGAACGAAAACUCUCCGAAAUACUCUGAACCCCACAUGGAAUGAGACCCUCACUUACUACGGGAUCACGGACGAAGACAUGAUUCGAAAGACCCUGCGGAUCUCUGUGUGCGAUGAGGACAAAUUCCGUCACAACGAGUUCAUCGGGGAGACACGUGUGCCCCUGAAGAAGCUGAAAGCCAACCACACCAAGACGUUCAGCAUCUGCCUGGAGAAGCAGCUGCCGGUGGACAAGACUGAAGACAAGUCCCUGGAGGAACGGGGUCGGAUCCUGAUCUCCCUCAAGUACAGCUCACAGAAGCAGGGCCUGCUGGUUGGCAUUGUGCGCUGCGCCCACCUGGCUGCCAUGGACGCCAACGGCUACUCGGACCCCUACGUGAAGACAUACCUGAAGCCAGAUGUGGACAAGAAAUCUAAACAUAAGACAGCAGUAAAGAAGAAGACCCUGAACCCUGAAUUCAAUGAGGAAUUCUGUUAUGAGAUUAAGCAUGGGGACCUGGCCAAGAAGACCCUGGAAGUCACUGUUUGGGAUUAUGACAUUGGAAAAUCCAACGAUUUCAUUGGCGGCGUGGUCCUGGGCAUCAACGCUAAGGGUGAGCGCCUGAAGCACUGGUUUGACUGCCUGAAAAACAAGGACAAGCGGAUAGAGCGCUGGCACACUCUCACCAACGAGCUCCCAGGGGCUGUGCUCAGCGACUGACCAGCCCCCACCUGCUGCCGCACCCACCCCUGCCUGUCUCCUGGCCCAGCACCGGCCUGGCCCUGGGCCUCCUCAGCUGCCACCAAGGGCCUCGGCCCUCAUCUCGGGGGAGAGCCGGGGUGCCUGCUCGGACACUGAGCCACCGCGGCCCCUGCUUGGAGGCUGUGGAGGGCUCAGCCACUCCUAGGGACAGCAAGGCCAGAGAGCUGGGCCUGCUUUUGGCACCCACACCAGGGAAGGGAAUGGGGUCAUCCCGGUGGUGAGGGCCUUACUGGAGGUCAGCAGUAAGUCACGGGGACCCCAGGCUGAGAGAACAGAAAUGUAGGGGUGCUUUGGCAGGGCCACUGAGAACUCCCGAGAGAGACAUUAGGGAGAGGGGCAUGCGGGGGAAGGAGAUUUGGGAAAUCGUUCCCAAAAGGAGGUUCUUACUACAUCUGUUCAUCUCUGGCAUUACUGGGCAGGUGGGUAAAAGCUGACCCAAGAGCAGGGAGUAUGGUAAAGUUCCAACUUUACUCAACCUGGGCAACUGGCAAGCACUUCACUCAAUGAUGCAAAAACCCAUUGGAGAUGAAUGAGACCCAGGGCCUGCCUCUGAGUUCCUUGUCUAAUCAAGGAGCUAAAAACAAACCACUACAAUGGGGAAUGAGGAAUACCAAGGCCAGGCUGACAUACCUGUGAGUGCCAUGGACUCUGACCCUGCUGAGAGGCAGGGAGGGCUUCCCCGAGGAGGUGAUGCUUCAGCAAGGUCUUGAAGGGUGAGUGGAGUUUCUGGGCAGCCGAAGUAUAAUGGCAAUGUGUGCCGUGGGAAUGAUCUGUAAAAACCUAGACAGGAGAGGCUGGUGAAUGGGCAAGGGUCAUUGUGCAAGACCUGGGGACUCACGCUGGAGACAGUGUGUUAGGACAGGAGUGGGGCUUAGAGGUGACAUCACCCACCCCUGCCUGCCAGGCCAGCCCGAGCUCAUAGCUUUGGGGGAACUGAGGGAAGCACUGUGGUGAAACUGAUCUUGGGGCAGGGUUAAGUUCAGUCUUCAGAUCCAAUUCUCCCACCUUUAAUCUUGUUUCUCCCAAGGAACCUGGAGGAUGGAUUCUGCCUCUCAGCUUAAGCAUGAGGUCAGCUAUAAUCAAGAAAAGGGCCCCCAGCUCCCCCCGCCUUUUUUUUUUUUUUCAUGAAAAGAAGCAAAAAGUCCUCAUCUUGACCCUCUUCUUCCUUUCACCCAACCCAUCAGAGUUCAGGCCUGGGGAGUGAGAAAUCCAGGUGAAUGCCCAAAUAUCCUGGCCUUACUGUGGCCCCUGAUGUCCCUUUCAGGAGUGCUGGGUGGCAGUCCAGGGCCUCCUUUCUGAGAGGCCUAUGAGGCUGGCUCCUCCCUCCAAGAGCUGAGAGAAACACGCUGCUUGGUGGGCCUGGCACCCUGAGUCAGAUUGAGGGCAUCGGAAUUUGGGGGCCAAGAUGUGAAGCCCCAAGUUUUUCCUGCCUACCAAGGGGCCUUCAAGACUGCUGUACGAACAAAUGCAGAACCAGGGAAUUUCUUUGUUUGCCCCAGCACUGCACUAACAGAAAACAGAGCCCCAGAGAGGGAAAGUGACCUUCCUGAGUGAGGCCUCCCCACCCUGCCACAGCUGGGGUAGGCCAGGCUUCCAGGUCCCUGCCUCACCCCCAGCCCAGAGCUCUGGACACCAUGCUUCAAGAGAAGGAGGGUGCUGGGCUCCUGCACCAGAGGUCUGUCCUGUUAGCUGCCUGCCUGGGGCUCAGCCCUGCCUGCUGCAGACACAAAGCACAUCACCAUCUGAGGCCUAGGGUGAUGAUUCAAAUCCCACCAAGUGCCCAUCAGCCCUUUCCCAGUCUGCUGGGACAACAGCACUCCAGCCCCCACACCGCACCUGGCAACUUGGCUGGCCACAUAGCCUUGGUUUUCCUGUCCUUGAGGCGGCUUUGUGUAUGUUAAGGGUUUUACAUGCACUGUCUUAAUGAAUUUUUCACAAUUCUA